ACAACACCCUAUUUCACACAUCCUUAAAGGGCCACAUAUCUCCCGUAUUCCUUCCCACAUUUUGCCCCCCUCUUUCUGCCUAUCCUCUACGAAGCACCAGCCAUGCCAGGGACGAAGCGCGCCGCCGAGGACGACCACGCAGGGCCUACCACCCGCUCGGCGAAGGUUCCCAAGACCGAGGGCGCGGCCAGCCCUGCGAAGGGUCGCGGUCGGGGCGGCAAGAAAGGUCCCAAGGCCACGAUGGCCGCGUCCCAGUUCAAAAACCGCGCGAUGCCCUUGCAUGUCAACAUCACCCACACGCCUCCCGCGCUCCCCGACGCGGCCGGCGACGACAAGGAGACCGUGACAGUCGCAUCCCAGGACCCAGGCUUCGUCGGCACAACCACGCUCGUGCCUGCAACGUUUGCAACCGGCAGCUACGGCUGGAAGGGCUCCAAGCGCGUCACCAUCGAGCUGCAAAACGCCGAUGGCGCGGAAGGCGAGAAGGAGAAGGUGCAUGUCAUGAUUACGUGGGUGUCCGUUGUUCCGUGUGUCUAGGGCUGUGAUGCUGAAGUGGAGACAGCAUCAAUGCCACCGUCAUGGGCAGCAAGGGCGCGAAAGAGGGUGCCGACGAGAACAAGGAGGCCAAGGAGUACGCUGAAGACCAGGCUGAGGACCAGGCUGAGGAAACUGCCAAUGGCGAGGAGAAUGGCGCUGAGCCCAAGGAGGGCGACAUCACCGAAGCCCUGCCGGAAACCGAGACAGCAGCAGCAGAAGCAUGAACAGGAUGAAUGUGGUACACGAACUUUGAUGAAAAUGAAUGAUCUCCUGUCAAUAUGCUCGUUUUUAUCGUUUAAUGUAUACCUUAUCUGUUCGUUGACAGCGAA